AUGCAGGGCCAUCGCCCACUACCCAAACCUGUCCGCUCAUCGUCAAAAGAUAACCCCGCCAUUGCCCCCUCACCCGCCGCCUUUGCCGCUCCCUCCCCAAAACCCGCCCCUUCAUUUACACUUGCCGCGCCUCAGGUCGCGCCGGAAACAAGCGACGACGCGAGGAGCACGUCGUACUCGCGCUCCGACACGUCUUCCCUCGCGUCGAUUUCGAGCAGAGUACCGUUCCCUCCCGAGGACGUUCCACCAGUGCAGGCACCGCACGCACCGGUUUCCGUGACCGUUGAGCCCCUGCCCGACUCGCUCCUAUGCCGGUCCACUUUCGCCGCCCUCGAGCACUCUGCCGGCACGCUCAAACGUCUUUCCAAGCAUGUACUCGAUCACAGCAGCGAGGUGCUGGGCCUACUCGAGCAGGUCGAGAAGGCUGAGGACGAAAUGCUCGCCGUGCUCGGCACACUCGGGCGAUGGCUCGAAAACGGGUACGGCGUCAAGGGUGAGGUGUGGGAGGACACUGUGGGGAUGCGCAAGGUCGCACGCGAGAAACGCCGUCGCCAACGAGAAGAGCUCGAGGUUAUGGUCGUCCACGCGGUCGAGGCUGUCAAGGGCGAGAUCAAGCGCCAGGGUCUCGCUGGGAAUGGGGCACAGUCGCGUUUCGAGAAUACUUCCAAGCAGUACUACGCCGCCACGGCUGCGUAUCUCAGCGGCGAGCGCGAAGUGUCGGGAGGCGAGCAGGCGCAGGCUGCACGCCAGGCGCAGUUCGAUCUGCUGCGAUACAACCACCAUUCGACGUUGCUGUAUGCAGUGCCGCCCAGUUCGGUCGGAUGUCUGGACCUCCUAGUCGGGCUAUAUGGCUGGGUAGGGGCCGUCUUGAGCCAAUCACCAGGCAAGAGGGCGGACACACACCCUCCUUUGCUCGAGGAAGACUUUGCGCGUCGCGCGGCCAACGCGACUGGCGGUGCGGAAACGCCUACACAGCGCGGACGCGCACUCGCCGUCAGCGAGACGCCUGUCCGGCUACUGCUGCGCGACGAUGACAGCGUGCGCGGGUCGCACGAGGCGCUGUCGCGCACGUUAUCACUUUCGCUGGCUCAUCUCGUCAAUGUUCGUGGCGACCUUCUGCGCGGCUGGGCCGCGCGCGACGAACAAACGACACAACUGGAGGAAACGUCAAAGCGGCUGCAGGACAUGGCUAUCACCGGCUCAGCUCCACAACACCAGUACCAGGUCUCUGCCAGUGUCCCGGACACACCGAUGACCCCAACUGCUUCGUCAGGCCGCGAAAAGCCGAAGAAGCGGAUUGGGGGUAAGAUCCGCGGUCUGUUCUCGUCGUCAUCGUCGGUAGCCACGCCGGCGCUCGCUGAGCGUGCGCCGCCGGUCUCGUCGUCGAAUCUCGCGGCGUUAACGUCCAGAAAGAGCGUCGAUGUCUCCAAAGUCGCUAGCGCUGGCAUUUCACAUAUCAGUGAUCCACGAUUGAUCUCCACCACGUCCUCACAGGGCAAGUCGUCGGAGCGCGCUGCUGUUCAAGCAACUAUAGGUGACACGACGUCGGCAUUCCCCAUGCCGCCACUCAGACCCGUUAGAGCUGAUGGACGUCACUCUGUGGACGUGCGUCGCUCAAUACCUAUACCUGGCGGGCGCGGGCCGUUCGUCGCCGCCGAUGAGGCGAUGCCUACUCCUUCCACCCCAUCAAGUAGAGCCAAGGUGCUUGCAGACACGGCCGCCAAGCUCAACGGUGUGCAGGUCGGCGGGGUCGGCGGACUCGACGGCACAGAAGACGAGCAGCGCGAGCAGGUGGGAAGGAAAAAAGAGGGCGUUUUGUGGGGCACUGGGUCGUGGGAGGCACUAGACCGCGAUCCUGGGCGGACCAAAUGGGAACGCUUCUGGGUCGUGUUAGCCAACUCGAGCUUGUAUGAACACCGUGAUGCUCCGCCAGGCAAGCCGGAAGCGUCGCCAACGACAAUCGACCUCAAGUUUGCAAGCGUGCGCGAGGGCCGCGGGACGGACCGCCGCUUUGUGUUCGAGGUCGUAACGCCGUCGCAUGGGCGACGACUGUACCAGGCGACUUCUGAAGUCGAGAUGCGCACGUGGAUCUAUACGAUCUGCAACGCGAUCGAGUCGUGCAUCAACGGGACAUCAACGGUACGCUCCUCAGACCGUCGCCCUGCAGAGGACAGCGGGAGCGUGAGCGUCGGCAACAUCGGCGAGGGCAUCGGCGCGAUGAGUAUCAAGGACCGGCGCAAGAGCACAGGUUCAAAGAAGAAACCAACGCGGCAAAGCAUAGGCGCUUUGGGAAUCGUGCCUCCACCGCCACCGCGUGGUGAAGAGCCCCGGAAGCGGCGCACGAGUCUCAAGAGCCGUCUGAAGCAAGGUGCCGAGGCUGCAGGCGACAGACUCUCAACGGUUGUUGGCGCCAAGAGAUCGUCUGUCGACUUUGAGCGCCUAGCCUUCCUCGCGCCGGCCGCACGCAUGCCGAGCUACAACGCCAGCAGCAGCACCUCCGCUUCGCGGAGAGCGAGCUGGUACUCAGAGGACGACAUUGAGCGGCGUGUAUUGGAGAUGGCGGGUGUGGAAGCGGCGUCUCAGAGAACGAGUUCAUCUAGACCCGGCACUGCGCCAUCUGGUAGCGGCAGGACUCGCUCGGAUGCCUCAGCGACCCGCGGCUGCCUUGCGGUCGUCGAGCCGGCACGCCGCCCAUCUCCCUCGCCAGCCCUGGAGGCCUCUGAGGCUCUUUGCAUGGCAGACCUUCACAGCUUGGCAGCCACGGGUGCGAACACGCGCUGUGCGGACUGCGGCCGCGCGACGAAGACGAGCCGGUGGGCGACCCUCAGCCUCCGCGAAGUACCAAUGGUUAUGUUCCUCUGCAUCCGCUGUGUCGGGUUACACCGUGGGCUUGGCACUCACAUUUCGAAACCCCGCAGCGUUGACCUCGACAAUUGGUCACCCGACGCUAUUCUGUUAGCGCAUCAAUGGGGCAAUGAGCGCGCCAACGGCGUGUGGGAGGCGCUCAAGCCCGCAGGCCAUGUACCUGGUGACGACGACGUGGCCGACUACAUUCAGGCCAAGUACGUCGAGGGACGGUGGCUUGCGGACGGAGAUCGCCUUCGGUUUGGGUUGGCCGUGAGGAGUUUGACUGGGUGA